CGCUGUGUUCAUGCCGUGUACUGCAAUUCUAGAAAAGUUUGGUGGGUUUCGCAUGUGACUAAUUGAUUACACAUCAUUACUCUGACCCGUGAAAGGAAGUCUUCGUUUUUGCCUAACCCUAUUUCUGCACUCGCGAGGAAAUGUUGCACGUUGGUCUUGAAUGUCUUCUCAAUUCUCAUAACCUCGUCUUAUUCUAUUAUUUUGAUUAAGAUGGGCCAUUGCACGUGUUGUGCACGUGCGGCAUGCCUGAAAUUAUGUGAGGCAAUUGCUGGCGAGCCAUUUCUGUAAUUAAAGCGAACGUCGGGGGCUUCUUUUAAACUAUGUUCGCCGAUUCGCUCGAUUGAACCUCAUCGGGUAUCGGCCGUUCGAUAUCGCAAAUGCCUUGCUAAUCCAACGGUUUACGGAGGGCCAGCUCACGAAUCCGCGCCAAACGCAAUUGUCCAAUUAUUAUCCCUCUCCUCUCCCUAUAUAAUGAUCCCUCAAAAUCCAUUUUUUUCAUAUUUCUCCUUCCAUUCGUUCGCUCUUUCGCUCGCUUUCCCCAAAAGCCCUAUUUCGAUUUCCAAUGGCGCCCAAGGCGGAGAAGAAGCCUGCGGAGAAGAAGGCGGUGGCGGAGAAGGCCCCCGCCGAGAAGAAGCCCAAGGCGGAGAAGCGUCUCCCGAGCAAGGAGGGCGGCGCGGGCGACAAGAAGAAGAAGAAGAAGGCGAAGAAGGGGAGCGAGACCUACAAGAUCUACAUCUUUAGAGUGUUGAAGCAGGUCCACCCGGACAUCGGGAUCUCGAGCAAGGCCAUGGGCAUCAUGAACUCCUUCAUCAACGACAUCUUCGAGAAGCUCGCGCAGGAGGCUUCCAGGCUCGCUCGAUACAACAAGAAGCCGACCAUCACCUCCCGGGAGAUCCAGACCUCCGUCCGCCUCGUCCUCCCCGGCGAGCUCGCCAAGCACGCCGUCUCCGAGGGCACCAAGGCCGUCACCAAGUUCACCAGCUCUUAAGUUUGUGUUUCGGUGUUAGGGUUUUGGUUUGCUCGUUUUUAGGGUUUCUUGUUGACUGCUUUUUUUAAGGCCUGUAUUUUGGGUUGGAUGGGCGGUGGUGGGUCUUGCUGUAAAUGCCUAUAAGAGAAAAAGGUUUUUCUUGUUGAUUUCAGGCUUCAGGUUUUGUCUCUGGACCACGUUGCGGUUUGCAGUUUUUCCCCCUUUUCAGAUAAA